AUGAGGAUCUUUUCGUGGAACUGUCGGGGGCUUGAGAACCUACCGACAGAGCAGGCUUUGAUUAAGCUCAUCCACUCCAAAGUUCCCGAUGUGGUGUUUGUUUCUGAGACUUGUUUACAUGCAGCAGAGGCCCAACGGCGGCGUCGCCUUGGGGGAAUGUCAAAUGUUUUUCCGGUAGGUUGUGCUGGUAAUGGAAAAUCCAGAGGAGGAGGUUUGUGUAUGUGGUGGCGACAUGAUUUGGAGCUGGAGAUUAUUAACUCUUCUCUCAACCAUAUUAUGUGUACUAUAUUGCAUCCGGACACGCAGUUUCCUAUGACGUUGAUUGGGGUUUAUGGUUUUCCGGAUAAUCGGAGGAAGAGGGAUACUUGGAAUUUGAUUAGAGGUCUGCUCGGCGGCUCGGCUCGCCCUUGUCUAGUGAUUGGUGAUUUUAAUGAUUUGGUGUCUCCGACAGACAAGUCAGGGUACAGGUUUACUUGGUCCAACAAACAGGAAGCGUCGAAUAAUAUUCAGGAGAGGAUUAAUUUUGCUCUUACUAAUAGUGCAUGGGAUGCGCUAUGGGCCUCUACUUUUGUUUCACACAUGCAGAAGCACCGUUCAGAUCAUAGCCCCCUUCUCUUGACCUGUGACACUUAUAGGAGGAGAAAGGAACUAGCCAGAAAGCGAAUGUUCCGGUUUGAGGAAAUGUGGUUGAGAGAAGGAAGGGAAUGUGAAGAGGUGGUGUCCGAGAAUUGGUGUCAAGAGGGCGCUACGGUAAUGGAGAAGUUGGCAUUAGUGAGUGGAGCUCUAGAUGGCUGGGGGAAGGAAAAAUUUGGGGAUUUACCACGGAAAAUCUCUGAUCAGCAGGCUAUUUUACAAAAGGCUUAA